AUGUACGGCUUCAUAAACGCCGUAGUCCGCACCAUCGGUCUCCUCUGGACGCUGCUCAUCACGGCGCUCAUCGGGAAUGUCAUUGCCAGCAACAACAAUGGCCAGAUGGCCACCAUCAACUUCACAAUGUUUGUCGCUGCUCUCUCGUGGGUUGCCAACUUGUAUGGUGUUGCCGCGGCCAUCAUCUCUAGCCUUAGCAUGGUCAUUGUUCUCCUCGUCCUCGACGGCCUGGCCACUCUCUUCACCUUUAUCAAUGCCAUCGUCUUGGCCGCCAAACUGGGCGCGCCCAACUGCGGCAACCUCAGAAAUGCCGGUCUCUCAAGCAGCUGGAUCGGCUGGGGUUCCUCCGACAAUGAGAAGCGAUGCCGUGAGAUCCAGGCCAGCACCGCUUUCAUGUGGUUCCUCUGGGCCUGCUUCUGCGUUUCCCUGUUCUUCACCGUCAGGGAAGCCCGCGGCGGCGGCGGUCUCCGUGGUUCUGUGCGCUCUGGUAGGCCAAACAUGUCCCAGGUUGGCGUUUAA